GACGGCACUGCACAGGCCAACUUCUCUCUCUAGACCCCUUUUCUCUCUCUCAAACCUCUCUCUGAGACAACACAAAAAAGCCCUAGAAACUCUUCAAUGGCGUUCUCUCGAUUCCCUAUAAGCAGAUCCAGCUCUUCGAACCUCUUCUUCAGCAGCCUCCUCCGCCUGAAGGCUUCACCACCAAUGGUCGCCGCCGCUAGAUCCUUGGUUGCUCGUUCUAUCCACACCGAAGUUCCGCCCAACCAUCCCCACUACGAAGAGAUUAGACGAACUGUGGAUUAUUUUGAGUCGUUGAUGAGCGCAAAACACCCAUUCAUCAAAGAGGGACCGCGAAGCCCCUUCUUCAGUCGGAUUGAGGGCGAUAAGGUUUAUAGGAGGGUAGACAUGCCCGGCGUUGGGAAGAGAGUGUAUAUUGAUCCAAGGAGUAGAGAAUGGCAUUGUGAUCCAAGGAGUAGAGAGCAACACCGAUGAGGGUGUCCAAAAGAGAGUGUAUAUUGAUAAGCUGGGGAUUAAUCCGCGUCUGUGGUCAAUGGCAGUUUCAAUUUCCUCAUACAAAACGGCGUCGUCUACAUUGUCUUGCGUCUUCGUUCCCUUAUUUAAUGGUCAGUUGAUCAGCUCUUUUGUUGAUUCAUAUUGCGGGUUUCACUAUAUAUGUGAGUGCGUGUGUGUUUAGAUAGAUAUAUAGAGAGAGAGAGGAGUUUGUUUUCUUUUGACUUCUAAACUCUGUAAUCUCCAUGAGUAUGACUAUGACUAUUCAGGGUUGAUGGAAGGAAUACCAUAUUAGCCUUUUUCUGAUUCCCAACUGAUAGUUACUUAGUAAUGGCUGGUGAGAUUUAUUUUUACAUUUAUU